AUGGUCCAUAUCCACGAUGUAGCCACCCGAAAACGAAUGGAGCGCGAGGCAAAGCUAUCCACGUAUCGCAAAGGGCGUAUUCAUGUUCCAAGUGAUGCCAUCGACCUCUCACAGUACCCGCUUAGCAAGCUCACAGAGACGGAGCGUAUCAUUGUCCAUUGUGAUGCAACGGCGAUCGUAGAUUUGAUUCGCAAGCGAGUCUAUACUGCGCAGGACGUUCUGCGGGCGUUCGUCAAAGUAGCGGUGGCUGCCCAAGAUAUCACCAACUGUCUUUCAGAAGUUUUGCUCGAUGAAGCAUUCCUGCAAGCAAGCAAGCUUGACCGAUAUCUGGAGAAAACUGGAAACGUCAUAGGACCACUACACGGUUUACCAGUUUCCAUCAAAGAUCACAUCAAAAUCAAAGGUCUGGAUACUUCGUCAGGGUAUCUUGGCUGGGCGUACAAAAAUGUUGCGGACAGUGACGCACUGGUGGUAGAAAUUCUACGCAACGCCGGUGCGAUUCUAUACGUCAAAACACAGACUCCGCAAACUUUACUUUCGCUCGAGACGGACAACAACGUGUUCGGCAAGACUGUUAAUCCGUUUAAUCGCAAUUUAACCCCAGGAGGAAGCAGUGGUGGCGAGGGGGCGCUUAUAGCAUGUCAUGGUAGCCCUAUGGGCGUUGGAACUGAUAUCGGUGGGAGCGUUCGGAUCCCCGCAGCCCAUUGUGGUUUGUAUGGGCUGAAAGGAUCAGUGGCACGUCUGCCACAUUCUGGUCUUCUGGGUUCACAUGACGGGAUGGAUGCAAUCGUGGGUUGUGUCGGACCGUUGGCAAGGUCUGCAAGGGACCUCGAAUUAUUCUGUCGGGUUAUGCUCGAUGCAGAGCCGUGGCUCAGUGAACCUCCACUACUAGAGAUGCCAUGGAAAAGAGGUGUGGCGAAAGGGGAAGGUUUACCAGAAAAACUUGCGAUUGCUAUCCUUUUUGACGAUGGCGUUGUUGCACCGCAUCCUCCGAUCACGCAGGCUUUGAACAAAUACAAACAAGCCUUAACACGUGCUGGACACGAUGUAAUCGAAUGGCAAGCUGUGGAUCAUCAGAAUGGAUGGGAUCUCCUUACGAAGCUGUAUUUACUGGAUGGCGGGGCAGAGUACCACGAAACCAUUAGAGCAGGCGGAGAGUCCGAGGUACCUCUGACGGAAUGGAUCCUCAAACACGCACAGGGACGAGGUCCGUAUACGCCCGCAAAUAUAUUCAAGGUCAACUCGGAACGGGAAGCGUUCCGCUCAAAAGCAUUAGCACACUGGAAUGCUACUCAACAACGUACUGUUAGUGGACGUCCUGUGGAUGCUAUCCUUUGUCCGGUUGCGCCCACAUUAGCUCCGCCCCAUAACACAACCAGGUGGUGGGGUUAUACUUCUCAUUGGAAUCUGUUGGACUUGCCAGGCGUUGUCUUUCCCGUUGGCCGGUUCACAGCCACGACAUCUGCCACUUACCCACCUCUUCCACAUUCGAGGAAUGAUGUUGAAAAAUUUAUUCAUGAUCAAUGGAACCCAGCCACAUAUGAUAAUAUUCCCAUAUGUCUACAGCUCGUGGGUCGGAGGCACAACGAGGAGAAGUUGUUGGCUAUACUCAAUGUUGUGGAAAAAGUGUUCAAAGAGGAUGCCUUGUAA